UCGGGCGAGUGUCUCAGUGAGGGUGUUGAGAGUUGGUGCAGGGUGUUGAGAUAAGGCGUAAAAUAAAUGCAGUUAUCAAGUGCGGCGGGUGGAUAGUUUUUUAGUUCGCGUCGUCGCGGUUGCCGCUGUUUUUCAAACGAGGAUGAGGGUAAGCCAGUGUCUGCAGUGAUUCCCCGCAAGCUGUGAGAAAGAAACGUACAUUGGACUGACCAAGGAUGCUCGACACCUGCCGGACGGAGUCCGAUUAAGCUUGCGACGACACUAGAGGACAUCGGUGCGAAGAGCAGACUCGUCGGGACAAUGAUGCCGAGAAUAAUCCUCCCCCUCCUGACGGGGAUCGCGGUUCUUGCGACUUGUCUGGAGGGCAGGUAUCACCUCGAGGCGACGGGGCUGAGGCACCACAGACACGACCGGCACCAUAAAGUCUGGGACCAAGAGCUGGUGGUCAGAGGAUCGCGGCGGCGAGCUUGGGAGGAGAACCACGACGAGGAGCGUUACGUGCCUCGGGAGAGGUUCGAGCUUCAAAGGCGGUGGCGGAAUCGGGUGGAGGAGAGACGAGAUUCGAAGCGAGAUCGGUACUUCCGGGGCGAUUCGCGGCGUCCCGGGUCCCACGCGACUUCCGGGCGAACGUGGGGCUUCCGGAACCCCGUUGAACCCUACGGUGGUAAGUGGCGUCAGGACGAGGACGCCGAGGACUACGAGGUCCGUGAUAGGCGGCGGGGACGGGGGCGGGGGUGGGUCUACGAGGACGAGGACGAGGGGUACGAGUCCGACGACGAGGAGUUUUAUCCUCCGAGGCGAGCACCGAAGCCCAGGAAGAAUCGACACGAGGCGAGACGGCACCGCGUCGAGGAUGAGGACGAGGAGUAUUACGAGUACGACGAUGAGUACGAGGACGAUUACGAGGACUACGAUCUCCAGGACACCGACCCUCGGCCACCGCCCAGGCACAGGGGGAGGAAACACGAGCCGCGAGGGAAGAAGGGAUCGAAACUGCUUUUGACCCAUGAGGAGGACGAUGUUAACGAGGUCGAAAAGCGCGACGAGGACGAAGACGAGGAAGAGGACGAGGAGGAUAUCUGGGGCGAGAAUGAAGACGAGGAUUACGACGAGACCGUCGACGAGUCGGUCGAGGCCGGCGUGGAGGACUCCUCGACCAUCAAGGCCAUCGACGAGGUUAUCAGGUCCCUCAAGGCCAAGCCUCCUCCGACUACACCGAGGUCCGUGACUCGGCGGGAUUACAGGAACGUCGAGACGGAGAGGUACGUGCCGAGGGGACGGUCCCAUCCUCAUCCCUAUUCUCGGCCUUAUAAUCGCGAGGCCGUGAAACCGAGUCCGAAACAGCCGCACAGGACAGCGCAUAAAAGAACGCCGGUUGGUAAUCCGGGCGGGUAUAUUAGCACAGCCACGACGACGACGACGUCGACCCUGCCGAAGUACACCAACGAGUUAUCGGCUCCGAUGAAAAAUUCAUCAUUUGGAAAGAUGGCCAAGGGGAGGAAUAAGACUUCCGGUAUCACGGAUCAAUCUACCGAACAUCCCGGUAUCGACUCGAGGACUAAAAACAUCGAACAGGACUAUGAGGAGUACGAGAAUGACGGGAGCGACGAUAAACCCGAGGACGUCGACGACGCUGACGGUGAUGCCGACAAGAAAUGGACCUCUGAGAAGGAUCAGGAUUACGCUGAUGAGGAGAACGAGGAUGAAACCGAAAGGCCAACGCUACCAUCUUCGACGACCACCACCUCAACUCUGCCUCCAACGACGACGACGACGACAACCAUAAAACCAACUCCACCACCCGUUCAUACACGUCCCUUUGAUCAUCGACAGUCAAGAUUAUCGGACGCUAGGGCUCGGUCAAGUGGAUUGACGAACGUCCAGACCACCUCGACCGAGUACCCGCCAAUGAGCAACUACAGUGCCUACAAGUGGGACACCCUGGGCUCGAGGAAAGCUGUCAGCGAGAGUCGACGAACACCGAACAGACACAGCAAUCCCGACAUCUCGAAGGCCAUCGACCAUGUCCGAAUGAUGAACAAAGAGGGCACCUGUCGACUGCCUCGUCCAAGGGUCGUUUCCGUGCGCGACGUCUAUCCGAGCCCUUCCAAGACCUACAAGCCUCACUGCACCAUGCUUCACAGAUGCGCCGACGACACGGGAUGCUGCGCCUCUGACACGACAUGCGUACCGAAACACAUCGACACCAUCGAGCUGUCAUUCUACGCUUCGGUGAUAGAUGGACGUACGCAGGUGGAAAAACUCAAGUUCGAAAAUCACACCGAGUGCGAAUGCCGCCCGAGAAGCGAUCCGAGAUUAAGAGACACGGGACAAGAACCGCCGUCGAAUAUACAAAAGCCAAAAAAAUCAUGCAAGUGCCCGACGCAUUUUGCACCCAAGAUAACGCCCGAGGGUGAAUGCGACUGCACUUGUCCGGAUAAUCUGUUGGUCUGCGUACGACUCAGACGAGGAAAGGAUUAUUUCUCGGUUCAAGAUCGAUGGUGCAUUCAAAACGACAUUUGCACAUUGCCACCUUGCGAUUUCGGGGAGUACAUGAGAAAGCAGGGCCGAUGUCCCCAUAAAACGGAGAUAUUCUUCCGGCCAAAUUACUACAGCAAGAGACACGCCGAUAAUGGUUACCAAAGUCAUUGAUACCGAUAGCCUGCAAGGCUUCUGAAAGGGAAGAAGAAAUGGAAGUGAAAAGGAAGUAAAAAAGAGAAACAAAUUCGAACUUCAUGCGUGAAUGUGUUAUCUUAGCGCGUUAUAGCCGCCAGUUUAUUACCGUGAAAACAACUGUGCCAAUAGAGGCGAAAAAAAAAAAUAAAAAAAUAAAGUAAAAAAUAAAAAACGAAUAGAGAAGAAGAGUAACGUGAUUUAUGAUCACGCGAACGAAUUAUGGUGCCAUUAAUUGUCAGUGCCUUGUGGAACGUUUGUGCCGUAAGCCUUAAUUUACGAUAUUUUUGUAUUAUGUAGGACGGAUAUUUGAUACUUAUAUAAUAUUUACAUACCAGUGAAUCAUCGACCAAAUCACGUUUAAUACUAUACAGUAUGAAAAUGACUCUGUACCCAAGACGAGAAAAUCCGCAUGAAUCUAUACAAGGAAUUCUGAGAAUGAGAAGAAAUCGUAGUAAUUUUUUGUUCAAAUAUAAAUUAUUUGGAAAGAAUCACCAACGAUUGACGUAUCGUUUCUAAAAUAAUAUUGACAAUAUGCUGCCCAAGUCCCAUGGGGGACCUUUGUCGACAAUGUUCGAACAGAUUUCUCAUAACUGAUAACAAGUUAUCAUAAAUUUCGAAGAAAUCGACAACAUAAAAAAAAAUGUCUGAGUUUGAUGAAGAAUGUUUACACAACUGUGGCAUAUUCUUGCACAAUUUCUGUGAAAAAUUUUACAAGAAGCAUGUGAAAUCAUGAAAUGUUUGUUCCCAGCAGCUUGAUAACUUGUAUUUGAUUACUCAAAGUG